CAACAAUUUGCACCCAACCAUCCGCGCGAAUUUAUUUCCCCAGACCACCAUGGUGCCAAUCCAAGCGUCAACGCCAACUCGUUCGAGGACUCGUACACGCGAGAGAUCCUCUAUGGCCAGUCCGAUUUGGCGCUCCAUCCGCUCUCCUUUACCCCGCAGCGCUUCCGCUUGGUGGUCUCGCAAGAUGGCGGCAACUUGCGCUCGAAACAAGUACUCUACGACUCGGCCGCCGACUCGCUGAUUUCAGGCAAUUAUGCGUCUCCAUCACUGAGCUCCCGGUUACCCCAUUCGGCAACCACACUCAGAGGCGCCUCUCCUGGGAAAAAUGUCCACAUGGCCAAGUUCUUGUACAAUGUAAAUGACUUGAAUGAUUACAUGUUCGGCCGCGGGCUUCCAUCUGUCGAGAGGCACACCUCGACGAAAAUACACAUUCUUCCUCCACUCAAUCUGCUGGCACAAGGAUCGUGCCUGGCUGUGCUAUUGACGAAGCUCUUUCUGAUUUCAGACUCGACUCCCGGUCCCGGGGAGCUGGACGUGUUGGACGAUUCUGAUUGGACUCCACACGCCACCUUCCCGUCAAAAGACACGGUGUUUCACGUGUCACUACCAUCAGGGAAACCGUGUGUCACGACGCCAGACCUGCCGUCUCUGACCAGGACCACAUUCCUGCUCAGCUCGAGGUUUGCAGUCGGUGUAAUCGUACCAUUGGAGGACCUGAGCGCAACAGUGGAGGAAGUCAUUUUCAGCAACUGGGAAAUAAUCUCGCACUACCUCAUAGUACUCCAAAAACUUGUCUGCAAAAAGCUCACGCUUGCGUUGAAGUCGUCCCUGGCCUUCAAUCAGUCACCCUACAUAAACAACAAGCGAAUACUGUUUCCGUCCGGUGUUUUACAAUUGGAGACAGAGUUCGGACAUCAGUUGCAAAAGCUCAUCAAGCUUGUCCACUACAAUGUGAAUACUCCCAGAUUGGUGAAUAUCAAUGCGUUCAUGUCCUACAGCUUGAAUCACGUGGACUCGAAAUUCAAAACGAACGUGAUAAAUUGGGCACUCGAGGUCAUCAAUUGGCUCGAAUUUAAAGAUGGAAAGAACUUCACCCCUUUACAUGCCCAAGCGAUUCCUCAGAUGCAUUCUCAGAAUUCCUAUCUUCUGCACAGCAAUUCUAGGCCGACGAACACUUUCUUAGCAAGCCUACUAGCUCUCAUAUUGCCACUCAGGGAUCUACUAUCUAAAGGGCCAUUGCACAUAGACCCGUUCAGCCCGUCAAAGUCGAAAACGGUUACUAGAAUUGUGGUGAUGACCAGCAACUCCUCUGUUGCAAAAAAACUUAUAUUUAUUUUGAGUGGACUUAUUCCAGAUGUUGAGCUUUUGCAACAACUAGAAUCAGGAAGUGGAAGCAGCUCCCAAACUCGACUCUGCGAAAGUCAGGAAGUCAAAAAGGGGGGUAUUAGCUUCACAGCAAACCCCAUCACCACAAAACCAAUACCCAUCCGAGCUAAUCUGAUGGCCUCAGACUCACACUCUGACGAUUCUGCACCAGUGUCAGUAUCUUCCACGAAAGGCUGGGAUGUUCCCCACAAAUCGAUGACUAGCUUGUCU